CCAGGUGAAGCAGCUGGCGUUGAACGCGAAUUUCGAGGUCCCAGUGUACCACGAGAAGUCCGCGAACAAAAGCAAGGACGUGUGCGACAGCGUCCAGCAGGGCGGCCAGGCUGGCCCGGUGCAGCACCUGGCGAUGGUGCCGCCCAAGCACAAGAGCAACGGCAGCUGCCCGGACGUUUUCCAGCAAUGCGGUGGCAACACAGGGCUGAAGGGCCCCGACUGCUGCGAGGAGGGGUGCGUCUGCCAGGGCGACGUCGCGUACAAGCAGUGCAUCCCCCCGACCGGGCUGUGGACCUGCCGGCCGCUGGCCCCCGCGCCGGACCCGAAGCCCGGCCAGCGCGGCGGCGCGCCGUCGCCGAAGCCCAAGCCUGGCACCGGCGACCCACCCGCGGCUGGACAGGCCUCGGAGAAGAUCCAUGGCACCUCCGCCGAGGUGAUGGCGAAGCUUCAGGCUGCGAAGAAGCUUGCCACCGAGCAGGCUGAGUGGGCUGCCAAGAAGGGGGCAUGGGAUUAA